UUAUAGCCAAAUACUUUAUUCGUUUUUCAUUAGUAUGUCAACUGCACCGACCGAUACAAAUACGUUACCUGUUAACCGUUUUUAAAUAAAUAUGAAUGACGACUAUUAAACAUGACUACAUCAACAAAAUAUGGAAAUAAACACCACAAAUAUGUUGUGACAAACGUUUCGAUUUCGGACAAACCAGAUUUAAAUGGAGAUUGGUUGAACAUUUUCAUAUUGUUAUUGCUGUAUACAAUACAAGGGUUGCAAUUGGGCCUAACUAGUGCUAUACCGAUAAUUUUGCAAAGUAAUAAAAACGUUUCUUACCAAGAUCAGGCUGUAUUUAGUUUAGUAAUGUGGCCAUACACUUUGAAACUUUUAUGGGCUCCUUUAGUGGACGCAGUCUACAUAAAAAAGAUAGGAAGGCGAAAGUCUUGGCUCGUACCAGUGCAAUUUAUUAUGGGAUCAUUCUUCUUCUACAUAGCCAAUGACAUCAAUAACUUGUUGCCCGAAACCGGAAAACCGAACAUAGAGAAACUAGUGUGCGUGUUUUUUAUUGCUACCUUCUUGGUGGCCACGCAGGAUAUAGUUGUUGACGGUUGGGCACUCACGAUGCUAAAAAAAAAUAACGUGGGAUACGCGUCCAUGUGCAAUACAACGGGAUUGGCAAUCGGUUCGAUGAUAGGUUCUGUGUGGUUCACUCUGUUGACGUCUAAAGACUUCUGCAACAAAUACUUGCGGACAACGCCUGAUGCGAGAGGAAUAGUUACCAUGGAACAAUUAUUAUACAUUUGGGGCAUUACAUUUAUGUCUAUCACGACAUUGAUUGCUAUAUUCAAAAGAGAAAAGGAUUGUUCAUUAGAAGAUGACCAUUUAAAGCUCAACACUCUUCAAAACUAUCGUCUACUGUGGGACAUCUGCAAACUACCUAGUAUCCAAAUAUUUGCCAUGGCAUUGUUGACGGUGAAGAUUGGAUUUGCUGCAACCGAUAGUGUGUCGCCUUUAAAACUGAUUGACGCAGGUGUAUCAAAAGACGACAUGAUGAUAAUAAAUACAUCCAUGUUCGUAGCGAAAAUUAUAUUACCUCUCACUAUUGCAAGACAUACUUCUGGUCCAAAACCAAUGAGUCUAUACUUAAAAGCUACUUUAGUCAAAUUACUUUGGAAUAUUGUAUUUAUUAUGCUAAUUUACUAUACACCAAAAUUGAUAAAAGUGAAUGGUAUAAUAAAAAUUCCAACUUAUUACUACGUGAUAUUAGUAAUUAUAUUAACAAUACAAGAAAUGCUAAAUUAUACUAUGUUUGUGGCUUUAUUAGCUUUUUACUCUCGGAUAAGUGACCCUCGUUUUGGUGGUACUUACAUGACCUUAUUGAAUACUCUCUCAAAUUUUGGAAAUGCAUGGUCAACUUUCGCGGUACUUAGAGUGGUCGAUUUGCUUACAUUCAGAGAAUGUUCAUUUGAUUCCAAGAAUGAUUGUUCUACGCUUGAUCUCCAAAACACGUGUAAAACAGAAGGAGGUGACUGUGUUGUAACAGUGAAUGGAUAUUACAUUGAAAUGGUAGUGUGUACUAUACUUGGAAUCUUGUGGUAUGGUAUUUUCAAAAAUAUUCUCAAAAAUCUUCAAACAAAAUGCCCAUCUAAGUGGUUGGUUAACUAUGUGAAACAACCAAUUACAAAAAAUAGCAAAAAUGUAUUUACCGUUACUGUAACAUAAAACAUUUAUAUUGUCUAUAUUGUAUGAAAAAUAGUUAUCUAUUGUGAUUUUCAAUUGGACAAUCGUUCUAUGUGUUCAUUUAAUAUCUAUUCAGUAUAGUAUACUGUAUUGCUUUCACUAGGUACUCAUAAUAUUUCAAUGGAAUUCUGAGCUUUUUUUGAAAAAGUGGAUAUACAUUUUUGAUUGUCCACAGACUGCGUUAUAACAACAAAAAAAUAUGUUAAUUCUUACAUUUACAUAU